GCAUGCGUUUUAUAGUACAACAGUCAAAACAAGACGAGUCUACAAAUCUGUGCACAACAACCCACAGUAAAGGUCAUACAAUAUGAGCUUGCAUUGACAACACAGACAAGCUAAAGGAUAGUCAUCUGAUGAGUAAACGGAGUAACCAGGCCACAGACAGAGUACGUUUAAAAAACAAAAAAACAAAACACCGUUCCUCUUGUGUGGCCAGUCAUGGAUACGGUCUCUGGCCCAGACAGGACUGCUGAGUGCCCUCUCGUCUCAGAGGAAAUGGAGUGCGUGAUGCCUGACAUUACCACCAUAAAGACCGAGCACCCUGGCACUUCGGACACGGACGACACCGGCGGUGCCCAGAACGUCGCAAUGGGAAUCAAGUUCAUCCUUCCCAACCGCUUCGACAUGAACGUCUGCUCGCGUUUCGUCAAGUCGCUCAACGAGGAAGAUAGCAAAAACAUCCAAGACCAGGUUAACUCAGAUCUGGAAGUAGCGUCUGUUCUGUUUAAAGCUGAGUGCAACAUUCAGACCUCUCCUUCUCCAGGGAUUCAGGUGCGCCAUGUUUACACCCCCUCCACCACCAAGCACUUCUCCCCCAUCAAACAGUCCACCACACUCACUAACAAGCACCGGGGCAACGAAGUCUCCUCCACGCCUCUGCUGGUGCACUCCUUGUCCAUCCACCAGCUGGCUGCCCAGGGGGAGAUGGUGUUCCUGGCAAGCAGGAUAGAACAAGAGACUGUGAUCAACCUGCAGGAUGAGGAGGGUUUCACUCCUCUGAUGUGGGCUGCAGCACAUGGUCAGAUUGCCGUGGUGGAGUUCCUGCUACAGAAUGGAGCUGACCCAAACCUUUUGGCCAAAGGCAGGGAGAGUGCCCUGUCUCUGGCCUGCAGCAAAGGAUACACUGACAUAGUCAAGAUGCUCAUCGACUGUGGGGUCGACGUCAACGAGUACGACUGGAACGGAGGCGCCCCCAUCUUGUAUGCUGUCCACGGGAAUCAUGUACGCUGCGUGGAAAUCCUUCUAGAGAGCGGAGCCGAUCCCACCAUGGAGUCCGACUCGGGGUUCAACGCCAUGGACAUGGCCGUGGCCAUGGGCCAUCGGAAUGUUCAACAGGUAAUGGAGGCCCACUUACUGAAGCUGCUGAUGGGAAUAAGAGAGUAACAGUGGCUUGUCUCCGAGCACAGGGAAGAUACUGGUGUCUCUCCACGAGGUAUCACUGGGUUUCUGGAAGGAUGCCAACACUGGGGGUUUGGGCCCUGGACAAUCGUGCAAUGACUCAACAGACCUGCUGGCUUAUCGAAACUCAUGCUUGGAUGGUUUCGAUGAAGCUUGUCACAAUGUGAAUAUGGAUGAAUUUCUAAACAAGGAUAAACACCUGAGACAUGUAGCUUAAGAUAUUUUCCGAAACUCUUUUGUCAAUUUUUGUUUCUUGAAACGCCAACUUCGGGCUGAAUAUCAACAUGACAGAGCUGAUGUUGGGAAUCAGUCCCAGGCAACACGUUUGUGAAAUGAGUUGACCGACAACGUUCUCAGACCAUGUAAAGUGCUGUGUGUGGAUUCAUUUUGUGUUUGCAGUAACGUUUUUUAUUUUUUACAAUAUCUGAAGUGUAUUGUAUAAUUGUGGUGCUACUUAUUAAAUUAUAAUAGAUUCAUUUAAUUAAUAAAUAAAACUGUCUUUAACUUA